GGAACUUAGGAACAGUGUGAAACGAUAAAAGUUUUCGAAAUGUCCUGGCAAAUUAGAAAAUAUAGCAAAAUGAAUUUUUCAACAACCGAAACAAGGUGGAUGAAGUUUGGAAAAUCUCAUGACUUCGUCUUUGUUGGGAAGGAAACCGUCGCAACGGCUUCCGGCAUUUACGUGAGUUUCCUGGAUCUGAAUACGAGAGAGAAACGAAUCGAGCGGUUCGACAAUAAGGAAAGGGGCGACGGUGCGUCGUGUUUAGCUGGACAUCCGACAGUCUCCAUGUUUUCCAUAGUCGAGAGGAAACCGAAUCCCAAACUAUCAAUAUUCAUGUAUCCGACGCUACAAAGGAUUUCCAGGUGCGUACCGCCGGACAGAAUCAAUGGCUACUUAUCCUGUUCUUUCGUUGGUACGGAGUAUCUCGUAAGCCUGACUAGCUUUCCCGAUUUUCGACUGAUCGUGUGGCUCUGGAGAACCGGCAAACACGUCGCUAUGCUUAACACAAAGACAGACAAUCUUGUUCAAGAAAUUUCCUGUUCGCCGAAUCCUCCACAUUUGAUAUCGCAAUUCGGAGCCGACGACAAUACACUCUCGAUCUAUCAGGUGCGCACGUGUUCGAAAAUUGUAAGCAUACAUCGCGUGAACGCGCCACUUUCAGGGCACAAAAUUGUGUCUUCUUCCUGGACGCCGGAAGGAAACCUGUUCAUCUCGGACGAAUUCGGGAAUGUAUGGCUCGUGGCGAUUGAAGCUAAUAAGUUGUACUCGGUGAUAAAAUCGAAAAUACUCGAACGUCCAAAAAAUAAACCGAUUGUCAUCACUCAUAAGAGCGGUGUAAUAAUUGUGAACACCAAUAGUGAAAUUAUGAUCGCUGAUUUUUUGAUAUACGAAAGAAACGAAAGAAAAGAUUGUUUUGAGAUCUUAAUCCUAGCAACGACUAAUCCUUCUAUAGCUUCGAUCGGAGGUAACAAAGUAAUCGUGUACACUUGCGAGAUCUCGAUCGACUUCUGCACGCGUGUCAUUUGCGUGAUAGACUUAUCAAGACCUUUCAAGACUCUGUAUCACGGAUGUAAGCCUCUGGAGAUAUUGAGUGCACCCGCUUUGUCUAAACAAUUACAUCAAAUGGAAAUACAGAAUGAUUUUCAAGAUAUCGUCCUCACAAACGCGCUGUCCUCCAUGCAUCAACUGAGAAAGAUCGGGAUAUACGUAACCGAUUCUCGAGUCAUAACAUAUGGAUACGAUGGCUUGAUCGUAGUCAGAGAUAGCAUGGAACUUCGCAAAGUGAUCGCGAUUUUUAUGCCACAUCAUCGCAGUCAAGGAGGCGUAAAAUACGCGAUUUCUUCGCGUUUUGGGGAAACGAUCGUCUCUCUCGGUAGAAAUGGCGAUCUCGUUGCCCAUCGAAUUCGCUUACCGGAGACAAAGACAAAUUUGACAGAAGUCGAAGCUGCGAGUGUGCAUUUAACGAUCGAGGAUUUCAUUUCCGAUCCAAACGAACUGUACGAUCGAGGAAAGGAAACCUGGCUGGAGAAUGUAAUUGCUGCUAAACUGAAAGCUGAGCACGACGAAGCUCUACCUCUACAGGCUUCUAUUGUAGCCGAUCUUGAGAAGAUUAAAACGCAAAUACGCGAGCUUCUCAAUAUAAAUGAAGGCGAAUCACCGGACGCCCGUUUGCCGAUCUCAGCUUUCGAUUUGGAUCGCGAAUCCCGACAGCGGAGAAUAGAAGAGGCUCGACUUGAACGAGAGAAGCUGUAUCGAAACCUCGAGAAUGAUUGCGCUCAACGAGAUCAGGUGACGUCGAAUCUACGCGAAAUAUUCUGGGAAUCGUUGGAAGUGAAACCAUGCGCUCUUAGAUUAAUUGGUGGCGAUGCGAUUGUUCAAAAUUAUCCUCUCGUUGCAUCGACUCGAAAGAUGAACGAUUUUAAAGUAUGGGAUAAAUUUUCUGCGGAUGCUGACGAAUUUAUGUACAGUUACGAAGUGUAUAAGGCAUCAUGUGAAGAUGAUUCAAGACGAGGAUCUACGGUAAUUUCCGAUAAAGAAUCUUCAACUAACAAUGCCGGAAGCAAAACACAUCAAAUGGCUAAAAGAUGGUACGCACACGCGGAUGAAGAUGAAAAAUUAUGUAUAUCGGGUGUCACGACGCAUAAAUGGAUUGAUGACGAAAGCAUAGCUUCAACACAUCAGCUAUUGAUUCCGCAUGACAGCGAUCUCGAAUCUAUCUUGCAGAAAGAUAUUAUAAUUGAAAAUCGAGAGCGUAAAUUAAAGAUGCAUUUCAAUGAUCUCUUUGAAGAAAUGAAACGCGCAAAGGAAUGUGUAUUAAAAUGUGCAAAGGAGCGCAUCAACAGGCUCCGAUAUUGCGCGUCUCAAUUGAAGACAAUGUUUGGGAUAGAUUCCGUUCUGGAACCAAUCGAGAUCCCAUCCUGGAACGUCGAAGAAAUACCUGAUUACAUAAUUAUGGUAAAAGAUCACGAAGUAUUUGAAAAACGGUCACGGCGAGGAGAAUUGAAAACAGUUGACGAGGAUCGAGAAGAUGAAAGUAAAAACGAAAAAAUCAGUGACUUUUAUAAAAUAGCUGUAGAAAAAAUGAUGGACGGUGUAUUAGAACCUAAGUGGGAAGAUGAGGUGAAGAAGGAAAUAUCUGUGCCGGACUGCUUAAUUGCGAAGAAUCCUUCGAAAUACACUGACGAGGAUAUCGCAGCUAUCGCGGCGUAUAAAACUAAAGUGCAGGCGUUGCAAAAAAAACGAGAAAAAUAUAAAGCGACCCUGCAGGCUGAUAUUAUAGAAACGAAAGAUGCUUUGCAAAAAGACAUCGCUGCAUUCAACGACAAAUUAAAAGAUCUAGAAAUGAAAAAGAUGCAAAUUGAAUGCGCAAUCCUUCAGGAGAGACUGACAAGGAUACGAGCGAUCCGAAGACAUCAAACUAUGGUCGAUAACAGGCAAGAAAUCGCUCGUCUCGCCGACGAGGAGUUAGCGCCGGCGACGCGAGAGGCACGCAGGCUCGCCGAGGAGUGCAACUCGCUGGAGAUGGUCGUGUCGGAGCUAAAAGUUCGAUACGACAGCCUGUGCAAAGCGGAGAAACGCCAGGAGGCCAAGUUUCGCGGCGAAUUCGCAGAGUUGAAGCAACCGAUAGUGGAACACUUGCUCAGACACUACAAAAAACGACCCAGAGUUGCUCGGCUGACUACCACGUCGGUCACGUAUCUGACGGAGGUGGCGAGAUGCGUCGCGGGCAGCGAGAAGUCGGACGUCUUACCGCGCGAAUGCCUGGAUUUCCUCAAAGGCAUGGAUGCCUUGGACUCGAUGCCCCGAAAUCUACCAUCGCAAAUUAACGCCGAUUAUUGGCGAACAAUGUGCAGAUUGAGAAGAAUGAAGGUCGAGGUGGAAACGAAGGUGAGAUGCUGCGCGGUAGAGAUGGCUGAGGCGGAGCAGACGGUGUCGUUUUAUCAGAAGGCGAUGCAGUCGGCUGAUAACGCUGCGGCGUGCAAGAAGGUCAGCUUGGAUGACAUGGAGAAAUCCUUGUCGCAGCUCACGCAGGAAAUGGAGAUUCAACUCGUUUUGAAAAUGGGCCAGAUCGAGGUGCCGCUGCAAGGUUGUCCCUCCGACUACGCGAACGCCGUUCUCGUGACGCGCGAGGAGCUUUUACGGGUCAACGAUUGUAUCGUCGAGACUGGGAAACGCAAGCUGGCAGCGAUGUAUACAUCCAUGCACUUGCGGAAGGUCGUGUCGCAACACGAAUGGAAGCAUGCUUGCGCGAAAAUGAUAUUGGAGGACCUGCAGCGGAACUUGAAAGAUAUCCAAGAGUUCAAGAUCACGAGAAACGUGCUUGAAUUUUUGAGCAAUUAUUCCUGCAGCGUAAAUUUGGAAAGAGAUUACGAAAAGAUGCAAGCCAAUUUGCGAACAUUUCGAAAUAAAUUUCACCAAUUGUUGGAACUGGAACAGGCGCGUCUGAAAGAAACGAAGCGACUGAUGGCCAAGUGGAAGAAGAAGAAUGACAAGAUGUCACAAGAGAUCAAGAUGAAGUCGUCAGACGUCGAAGAGCUUCGCAGGUUGCUUAACAACCCACAUCGCAAGAGAGACGAGGAGUCUCGAAGGAUGAGACUCGCGGCGAUCGCGAGACGUACCAGGCUUGUCAUGAAAGCAGAGAACAAUUAUGAGCAGCUGCUAAUCUUGCACGCUCACCUCGAGGUCUUGAAGUUGCGAACGUAUCCGACCUUGCAGUUUAAAACCGCAUAAGACUCAUGUGUCGAGGAAAAAGAUCUCGCGCGAGCGUCGAGACUGUCAGCGCUGCAGCAGACGUCGACUUAAUUUUCUCGACAUUAAUUUAUGAAAACUGCCUUUUUUCUGCUGAAUAAUAAAAUUGUUCUAUUUAUGCAUUCAUGAAGAAGUGUAUAAACACAGAGUAUACCGAGUGCUGAGGCUAUGUCGGAUGCAUCCUUAAUCAGUUGAACCGCUGAAUUGCAGAUUUAUGUAGAUCCAUGUGUAAUAUGUAUGGUAAUACAUGGCGAUAGUUUCAUAUUA